GCCUUGUCUCCUCCAUAAUCUAAUAAAAAACAAAUAAAAUGAGAGGGAGUACCUAGCUAACAGCUCAUCAUCGCACAAAAACAUCGCGAGAUUCUCGUUGUUCUUCAUUCCACUUGGUUUUCACAUCAGUUUGGAUCGCGAGAUUCUCGUUGUUCUUCAUUCCACUUGGUUUUUACAUCAGUUUUGGAAUGAAGUUCAGUUUCAUGACUCCAUCCCCAUGGCUGCAAUCUCUGGAGGGCAAGCAUGUCCUGAUAACCGGUGGGUCCAGUGGGAUUGGGUGUGCCAUUGCCAAGGAGGCUCUCUCUCAAGGAGCAUUCGUUACACUUGUAGCCAGAAGCUCCACUAAAUUGGAGAAAGCAGAACAAAAUCUUGACAAAGAUGGUGCUACCAAACAUAAAAUAUCGACUAAGGUUGCAGAUGUGGGUGUGUAUGAAACUUUGGCAAAGGCAAUAAAGGAGUCUUUUGAAUGGAGGGCUGUUGACGUGCUGGUUUGCAAUGCAGGAGUGGGAAAAACUGGACUUCUGGAUGAGAGCAGGAUUGAAGAUCUGCAUGCCAUCAUUCAGACUAACUUAACAGGGGUUGUCAACACUCUGCAUAUUGGGAUUCCAUUGAUGAAGCAGAGGAGUCCCCAAACACCCAUGUCCAUUGUUCUCAUGAAUUCUCUCUCAGGCCUGUACUUUUUGUAUGGUAACUCUGUGUAUACUGCAACCAAACAUGCUCUAAAAGGACUUGGAGAAACUCUCAAGCUUGAAUUGAUGCCUUAUAGUAUCCGAAUUAGCAUGGUUUUUCCAGGGUAUGUGGACACUCCCAUGCUUGAUGACAGUGGCAUGGAAGAUGACAGAGAUACCUUGCAGAUGAUUAAGGCCACAACUUUCUAUAACCGACAUCAAGCUAAGACACCUGAACAGGUUGCAAAAUAUACAUUAGAAGCAACAAAGAAUGGAACUUUUCUUGUCACAAGCAAAUUCGGUGGUCUUAUGUUAUCCACACUUUCUCGUGGACCUAUGCCUGCAGGCACAUUAGGAAGGGCAUUAGUUGAAUUGAUAUUAUAUAUUCCUAUUAGACUCUUGAGCUUCUUGGCUUUUUUUUAUGUCCAUUAUGUUACAGGACAUAGAAAGAAUAAGAAAUGUUAGAUGUUCUGUUGAGAAGAAAUAUCAAAACAAAAUGUUGCUAUUCUUCUAAAUUAUUGUCAGGGAAACUGUUGUUUUCAUUUAUUUAUACUUUUAAAUUGUGCAGGAAAUAAAAAUUCAGGGCCUACUCUAAAGUUUGUUUCAGCGGGUUUUUUUCA